UCCGCGCUGCGGCCCGCCACGCCGGACGCCGCCAGGACCGCCCCGGCCACCCCGAUAAAGGAAGCGAACAAUUCAACAGAAGGGCAGUAUAGGCGUUCUCCAGGACUCUCCAAAUCUGUUCGGCACACUAAGAACGGAACCAUUGGACACGUUGAUGAACCACCAACAAGCAGAUCCGACUGGGAUAUCCACAGGACAUGGCCUGAAGCUGAAGCUGAUAAGGAAGCUACAAGUGGUUCAUCAAAUUAUCUUUCAUCCCAGACUUCAACCAAUCGACUGACUGACAACAAGGAGCUGUCGCAGUCUCAACGCAGCAUAUCAAGCAGUACAUCAGAGAGUGUUCUACAGAAAUUUCGCAAAAGCUUUGCCUUUAAAUUUCACAAGAAGAGUGGCAGUAAAGAUGGCCUUGAGCUUGGCUCUAGUAAAGAUGGUGAAGGAGACGUUGAAGAGGAGAAUUGUGCUGAUGAUGAAUUAGCUACAUCACAGUCACACGAACAACUACCACAAGAACCCACAAAGGAGGAAACAGGAUCAGAUCCUAAGUUCAAGUUUGGCCCUCUGGUAUGGAGAUCGAGCAAAGAACGCAAGAAAGGAAAAAAGGCAGCCAGAAAUGCAAAGUGCAACAGUGGCGACAGCGGCAUACAAAUUGAGAUGCUGCCUGGCUCGGCUCAUGUUACUGGAGGUGACAGCUCUGAAUCACACGAUACUGAUCACCUUGUUGAUGAUGAGCCCCUAGAUGAAAUGGAUAGCCCGCCAGCUGUAAGAAGAAGAGUAACAAGUAGUGAAAAGUCAUCUCGACCACAGUCAGAAGUUAUUCAGCAACUCCUCAUAGAUAAGUUUAAGGCAGAUCUACAGACACGUGCAGCACAGCAGGGACGGCACCAACACGUCAGACGGGCGCACUCCGAUCUUGGUGGUCAGCGCCUCUUUCAGUGGGACGUGCGCUCUAGCUAUCGACGUAUGUUUUCCACACCUUCACCCAUCAAGAUGAGGCCCCCACGAGCUAGUCCACCUCAUCCUCGUCCGGCAAAUCUAGAGCAGCCAGUACAAUUACGGAACUCAAAACGGCGUUCUGCGAGGCCACAACUCAGGCGAUCUCUGAGCCAGCCCCUAGGUUUGAAUGAAUUAUCUCCACUCCUGCGGAGAAAACCUCGUACAUCCACCAGUAAUGUGUUAAGCGAAGAUGAACAUGAUGCCCGCGCUGGAACUUCUGAUGACGAGAUGAUGUCUGAUUCUGAGUCAUCUGUUGCAUCUCUUUCAGAUAGGAAGAAAUCAUUUGAACAGGCCAUGGAUGAAGAUCUGGUAAUCUUGGCAGAAGCAGUGUGGGAUCAUGUAACAAUGGAACCUGAAGAGCUGGCUUUCCGAGCAGGAGAUGUCAUAGAAGUUCUUGACUCAGUCAACAGGGACUGGUGGUGGGGGACGAGAGGAGAAGACAGUGGGUGGUUUCCAGCUGCCUUUGUCAGGUUACGUGUGAGUCAAGAGGAUACAGUGGAAGACUGUCUUGCUGCCAUGGCUGCAGGUUCAGCUGCUACAUCUCAACUUCGGCGUCGCACAAGUGUCUCCCUCUUGUCUAAUGACCAGGUCAGGUCUAGUGUCGUCCGUGAGCUAAUAAACACUGAACGGGAUUUUGUGAAGAUUCUGACAGAUGUGGCAGAGGGUUAUCUGGCAGAAUGUAAGAGGAGAACAGAUAUGUUUUCCCCAGAGCAGAUUAACACCAUCUUUGGGAAUUUGGAAGAGUUGCUACAAUUCCAGUCAAACUUUCUGGAAGACCUUGAGCAAUGUGUGGACUGGGAUGCUCCACAUCGAUCUUGCAUUGGUGAAUGUUUUUUGACACAUAGGUCUGGAUUUCGAAUAUACUCUGAGUAUUGUAACAGUCAACCAAUGGCUACUGCAACACUUCAAGAGCUGUAUCAGCACAACAGCUACAGCAAGUUCUUUGAAGCUUGUAGGCUCAUGCGUGGUCUUAUAGAAAUUCCACUGGAUGGCUACCUUCUCACUCCAGUACAAAGGAUAUGCAAAUACCCUCUUCAGCUUGCAGAGCUUCUGAAGUAUACCAAGGUUGAUCAUCCUGAUUAUGAAAAAAUUAAAGAAGCUCUUGAAGCAAUGAGGAAUGUGGCUGUCCUUAUAAAUGAGCGGAAACGUAGAAUGGAGAGCCUGGAGAAGCUUGCUGCUUGGCAACAGAGAGUAGAAGGCUGGGAAGGAGAAGAUCUGAUAGAAGUCAGUUCUCAAUUAAUUCACCAUGGUGAAGUAAUACGUGUGACAACUGGAAUGUGGACCAAUAACAUAACUUUGUUUCUGUUUGAUCAUCAACUUGUCUACUGCAAGAAGGACAUCUUGAAAAGAAAUGUUUUUGUCUACAAGGGUAGAAUACUUCUGGAUGCAAGUGAGGUUAUUGAUGUGCCUGAUGGAAAAGAUCCUCAGCUGGGAAUAGCAGUGAGACACUGUGUACGAAUAGUCUGCUCGGGUCGGGAGAGAGGGCUUGUUUUCGCAUGCCGUUCGGCAGCUGAGAAGACACGCUGGCUGCAGGCUCUUGCAGAAGAACGUCGCCUUGUAGAUAAGGAUGCUCGUGAAGGGCUGGAGUUCGCACCAGCUGCCCGACAACUUGCCAGGAUGGCUGCUCGCUGCCAACGACGUCGGCCACCGAGCAAACCACGAGGGAAGAGUUACAAGCGUGAUUCUUCACACCCUGUGAAUAACCUUGAUGCAAGUCAUCACAACCUAUCCUCAUCAACAAGUCACAGUUCAAGUAAUUCGCUGGGCCGAAAAAUGGGCACCUGGUUUACCUUUGGUAGCAGCAAGAAAGGUCGUGCUACACACCACCCAUCAUGAAAAAGAACUCAAAUGGUGCUGUAAUAUAGUGAAUUUGUGUAUGAAAAGGAGUUUCAUGUGGAGGUGGACAUACAUGAUGUCUGUAUUUAUAUUGGAUAUUGUGAAGCGUUUCCGCAUAUAAGGUAAUGCAUGUCAUGUAAGUCUCGUGGCAGAGAAGGAGCAGUUAAAGUGAACCAAAUAUUUUGGUUAUUCUGUUGUUACAUAAUCUUUUUUGUAUGAGUGGUUGGUGCAUGAAAUUUGGAAUGAGCUGGCCUAAACUUCAUACAGGAAGAUGUUAGUGAUAAGCAGCACAAUAAAGAAGACUGAUUAUAGCCUUCCUCAAAACCUAAAUUUUGUUAAGAAUCAGUUUGCUGCAAAAGCAGUUGUAAGUUUGAGGAAAUUUGUAGGAGUAUGCUAACUGUAAACAAAAACUGUUUCAGAGUGCUGUAAUUAAUUUAUAAAAAAUGGAGAAUUGGCUCACAGGAAAGAAGAGACAUUAGAAUUUCAUUAUAUUGUUAACAAAUUCAAAGAUUUAAUCAAUUUUCAAACACUGCUUGCAUUUAUAGCAAUUUCCAGACUAAGUUGAAACCAUGCCGUGCUAUUUCUAAAGCACUGGACAUACUUUUGUUACAAGGUGACCUGAGAUGUUGUAUGUUUAACACAGGUUUAUAGCUCCUAAUUUUUAUAUGUAUUCAGUAAGGAAGAGAAAAUGAGCAUGUAUGAAAUGUUUGAUGACAUUAUGGACAGAGAUUUUGUUUUUAAUAUGGUUGUUUACUUGAGAAGGCUUGUGCCUUAAAACAUUCAAAUUAUGUUAUUUGAUGCUGCACACACACACAGAUGUAUCUGGUGCUUUCUUUAUUUCUUACAAAUAAUGCUUAGCAGGUUAUUCAGUAUUUCUGAUAUGCUGUUCAUUGCUGUUCAUAGGGAAUGCUGUACUUAUGAGUACAGCCAUAGCUGACUAAUUCAUAUGUCUGCAAUUUUGUGUCUCUAGUCAUCUCCACAGCUUUAAUCAGUUUCAAGAUGAGAAGUGUUAUAUUCCUGUUCAGUGACUAACACGAGGAACACAAAUUAAUAAUGCUUGGUUCAUGAGGGCUCAUAAUAAUGAUUCAUGCACAUUUCUACUCUUUACAAACAUAUUGAAGAAAACAAAUGAACAGGAAUGCAAAAGAUGACAAAAUGAGGCUACUAGUUGUGCCUUACUUAUCUCAGUUGUUUUGAACAAAUGCAGCUGGGUGAAGAAUAAACUUUACAGCUGUGAAACUUUACAACUUCAUAUUGAUCAUUUCUAAUGGUUAAUAGUUUGGAUCAUGUCUUGAACUGAUAUAACAGGGACUGAUUUUCUUCCUUCAGAAGUAUUUCAUUAUUCAUUUAGUAUUAAGGAAAAUGUGUGGCAUAUUGUAUCAGAUUUUACACGAACUCUGGAGUAUGUACUCUGCAAAGCUCACUUUUACCAUUAAGACAGUUUGUUGUGUAAAUAUGCCCAUCCAUUCCAUACAUCCAAAGUUAUACAUGGUCACCAUAGUCAUCUACAUUUUUGCAUCAUUGUAGGAGGUUUUCAGUCUCUUUCAAUGUGUCAGACCAUUGAAAAAUUAGACAGGUAAAGAUUAAUGUUGUUCCGCUACUGUUGAAAAGACUUCAUUCUUAACGCACACAGCUAAAUUAUUACUAGCAAAACAGUAAUCGUGCUUGGUAGGGCAGUUGCAUUAGUCAUGCCAGUAUUUCAGUGUUUUAUUCAAAGCUGUUUGUAUUUGUACUAUGGUGUAUGGUUCCUCAGUCGCAUUGUGGACUUUGUGUUUCAUUGCCAGAAUGUACAGAUAAACUGUAAUGGCAGCUUAUGUGCUUAUCAUAAUGAGUGAUACGCAGCCUGAACUGGUGGUGUUAAUUGUUGUAUACCACUGUCUACAUUUUCAGUUUGAAAAUAAGAAAGUUUCCAAAUGAAUUUCUGGUGGUACCUCAGUGGAAUCAGUUCAUCUUGAAUCAAUAGUAAACUUUUACAACAUUCAGAAGUGUUUUAAGACCUUUGUGUGUAGUAUAUGUGUAAUGUACUAUAACUCUGUCACUCUGACAAGCUAAGAGGGAAAUAAUUUGGACUGCAUUUCAGAUUGAGUCUGGUAGGUUAAAUGUUUAAAUGCUAGUGUUGAAAUAAUGUCAAAUAGAUAAAGUUUGCAAAUGGAAUCGGUAUUUGUUAUUACAGAAUCGAAAUAUGUUUUCAGGUGCAUUCUGAUGAAAUCUGUUGUUAUUGUCAUUAAGGGCAUUACAUAUUUUGUGAUUUUGGUAGCUUUGUGACAGGAUAUAGGCUACAAGCAUACUAUCCACUAAUUUGUGGUUUUUAAUGUAGGUGUAGUCUACCUAUUAAUUGCUUUUGAAUUUUGUUUUUAAUUUGAGUCUCAUCAGAUCCAAAUUACUUGUAUUGUUAUUUUGAUUCAUUGAAACAACUAAAUAGCCUAACAAAGAAAAAUUUUAAAAUUGUGUUACACUUUGAAUUUUCUGUGUAAAAGAAAAUGAACUGAUAUGUUUGAAAUAUAAUACUGAUCAAGAAACCUAGCAGUCUACAAAAUAAUUGUGGGUUGCGCAUAUUUCUUAUUUAUGUUACUGUUGAUCGGCAGCAAAUAACUGGAGUAUCACUAAAUGCCAACACCUUUUGUUAUGAUAUUACACAACUACACUGUAACCUUAACCAACAAUGUUAAAUAUGUUAAAUUUUGAAUUCUUAACGUAUUAACCACAUAUUUAUAUAGUUGUUGUCGAAUGUUGUGCUAAGUAUUUUCUAUGGAUUCCAAACCAUUAUAUUCUGCGGAUUCCAAACCAUCACAAUACUUUAAGCAAAUAGAUUGCAAAAGUAAAUGAAAAGGCACAAAGUGAUAACUUCUGUGUACCAUAGUCUUCAAUAAAUGCUGUGCUUACUGAUAAUCAGUGUAGAUGUCAUGUACAGUAUCAGAGGAUGCAGAUAGUCUUACAGUACUUACAUACUUGUUGUAUGAAAGAAGCAUCCUGUGUCACUUUCAUACAAAAAUCAUGUGCCCCAAACAAGUAUAUGUGUCUCUUCUGGUUAACAUAUUAAAUACAAAUAAGAACUGAUAUAUGACUAGUGAUGGUAGUAUUAUUGAUGAGGCUAAGUCAAAAAGUGAAUUCCCUAAAAAGAAGACAUUUGUUUCAGUACCAUUUUUUUUUUUUCAUUAUUAUUUAUAGUCUUUCCAUUUUAAGCUCAGACUUGACAUCUUUGGAUGAAACAGCAAUUAUCUGAACAUGAAGAAACAUGUAUGGAAAAGUUCUUUUUAAUUUUUUAUAACGUAGUGAUGAGUCACCUGCCAACUUUUGGCUCAUGAAAAUGGAAAUAAGCUCAGUAUUGUAUGGCAGAUGCUUGAAUAACUUCUUUAAUGAAUUACUAAGGGGGACUGCAUAAUGCUCAACACGCAGGGCACAUUUUUGGGAGAAGUGGUACUCAGAUCCCUGGUCUUGUGUAAUGAAAUGGGACCCAAAUAAAGGUGUUCUGUAGUUUCACUUUUUGACUCACCCUCACAAUAAUUUAUGUGCAAUAAAUGCUUGACAUUCAGAAUUGUUCAUUUUUGAAAGAAGUGAUAGAUGUAAAUACGAAGCAUUGAAUGAUAGAAUUGCUUUUCCAUGUGUUCUCAUUGUUGUGUUUUGGAGAACAGCUGAAAUUUAAUGUAUCAUUUUAGUCUCUUGAUGUUUCAUGACGCAAAGAACUCUCUAACUAACUUGUAACUUAUUUUUAUAUAUCACAAUGCUAUGAGAUGAUACAAUAUGUGUACAAACAUCCAUAAAAAGGCAAUUUUAUUAUUUCAUGUGUUAUGUGGCAUGGUGUAUUGACCAAUAUUUUGAAGCAGCUUCACAGUGCAAAAUGCUAGAGCUUGUUUCAAGGCAAUGAAAAGUUAAUUUUUCUUGAGUUCCACAUGGCAAAUGUCACACAGCUCUGCAAAACAUGGUAUGCAUCAUUGAAUUUUUGUGGGCAUUGCUUUAAUAAACAAACUGCUACAAGCCCUAACUUCAUUAUCACUAGAAAAUCAGGAAAAUCCAGUUUCAGGUUGCAUCCUAAGCUGCAUAUUAUUGUCACUGCAGGUUGCAGAAUGCUAUGUUUCAUACUCUUCCACUGAAAUCCAGAAAGGAAGUCUGAGACCGCACUGGAGAUUACAGUGAAAGUGAAGAAAUAGUUUUCAGUUAAUGAAAAAGUUGUAUGCUUACUGGAAUGAAUUGGUUAUAAAUGAGGCACUCAACAUUGAUGAUGAUAAAAUAUGCUGUGUACGAAGCUGUCAACAUAAAGCAUAAAUACUAGUGUGGCACCGUCAAGCUAGAGUCAUCUAUUCACUAAACAUCUUGUCAGUGUGAAUAUAGGAUGAAGUGAAGAGUCAAACAGUGAAUGUUGCCAAAAUGUCCCGUGGCUCAGACUAGACAAUCUGGAAUAACCUACAUGCCGCAGAAAUAAUUUAAGAAGCAAACAGCUCCCUAAAUAGUUUCUGAUGAAUCACUCAUUGAAAGCAGUAGUGCACACACAUAACAUAACUAACAAGUGCACAUGAAUUCUUAUUUUAUGAACCGUGCUACGCAACUAAUUUCCUUUGUGAAGACAUUUUAGUGUGAAGUUCGUGUGUGUGUGUGUGUGUGUGUGUGUGUGUGUGUAUUUGCACGUGCUCCUCUCAGUCGGGAAGCACAAUGGGGAAGGGCUUUCUUUAUGCAAAUGGCAGGAGGAGGUGUGGGGAUUUAUACCUUCCAUUUCGCCAGGCCUUACAUGAGCACUUAAUAGGAGGUUGAAUGUGACUUAACGGUAAGGCACUCGCAGGGAGACUAAACCUCACUGGUUACUGACAGGUGAUGUAAGUGACUGUGCGGAACUGUUCAAAAGUAGGCUGUUUGUUUACAUGUUGCUCAUUACAACUAUUUCCUUUUCCCUACAAGUGAGCUGCAAGUAUUGGUUUAGUAUGAACUUCAACAGAAAAUAAGAAAUAUAUUGGAAUGAAAGAAAGGAGUUCCCCCUCCAUAAGUGUUUCUUAGCCAUCUGAAGAGUUGAAGUUAACAAUAUUUUGUUUUAUGUAGGUAGUGGGAAAGAUUGCUAUUGCAGCAAAGUAUCACCUUGAAUCACAACAGAGUUUUGUUAUGACCUAUGUAUGUAAAAUGCUUAUUUGUAGUCUGUACCCUGCUCAGAGUUUAUCAACGUGGAUAGACUAGGACUGAGUUUUGACAUGUGUCUUCAGACGAGAUUUACAGCAGUCAAUCCCUUUUUCAUGACUGGCUCUUUAUUUCUUUCUUACUUUCCUAGCCAGUGGUUUCUGCUCUUUAUGCUGCAUUGUUUUUACACAGUUAUUAAGACCUUGGAAGAAAUUUUUGAUCAUAUACAAGCUUUCGGGGCCAGUGGCUCCUUAUUCUGGCAGAAGGAUUGAAAGAGGAGGAGGAAGGGUGAAGGAAAAGGGGCAAAAGACUGGUGAUGAUAUUUAGAAAAGGGGUAGAGUAUGGAAAAGUCAUCUAGAAAACCAGACCAGGGGAGACUUACUGGACGGGAUUAGAAAGAAAAUCUAAUACUGUCCACUAAGUCUCCCCUGACCCAGGGUCCUGAAUGACUUCUCUGAACUGUAUCCCUUUUCCUAAAUCUUGUCAGUUCUUUUCCUUCACCCCUCUUCCUUCGUCUUCAACCCUUUUCCCAGAAGAAGGAGAGAAGAAGGCGUCACUGGUUCUGAAAUCUUGCAUACGUAAUACCGAAUGUGUGUGUUCUGUCGCCAUUUGGUGAGUAGAUAUUUUAUCUAUCCGAUUAAAUUCUACACACACAGUGAUACGUGCACCGUUCAGCUCUCACAGAUUCUAAGGCCUGAAAUGUUGCUCUGCAGUAGUUCUGGAGCAGAUGAACCGGUAGUAACAAAAAUUAUACUUCAAGGCUGCUUAUCAUCAUAAAGUUAGAAUUUUUAGACAUUUACUUCAACUGCAGUUCAACCUUUAAUGAUUCUCACAUAUAUUUGAAUUUCCAGCAAGCUUCAGUAAGAUAACUGUUUAAUAUUGGAAUGUCAUACACUAAUAAAUUGAAAUGAAAAUGCAAAUUUUUAUGAAAAGGUAUGGAGAGAUUGAUGUAAUCACAGAAACCUCUUAAAAAUGUCAUAUCCUGUAUCAUAUGUCAUUUGUUGAGAAUUAUGGUUAAGGAAAAAAGGAAGAUAGCCACCUAUUCUGAAUUCUGCAUAGAGAGGCCCUUCAUACAAAAUUAUUGGUUAGGAUGUAACUUCAGGGGCUGACAGUUUUUAUUUCUGCUGAGAGAAACAUAUAAAAGGAGACAAAACUAUAUUACUUCCCACAUCAGGGAGGAAAGAGUGAUAGGUUGUGGAAGGUUAUAAAGGAAGUGCAAGUGACUCAGAACUCAGGAUGAGAAGCAUCCAUCCUUUAUAUGUGUUUAUCAGCAGUACAAAAAAUUUUGUGUCUUAGUACCGACCAGCAAUUAUGUUAACGCAGUUGUAUAAUAUGCUCUACUUUUGCCUGUUUUUAGCCUUGAAUACUUCCAGUUCUGAAAGGCAGAACUAAAGUUAUCCUCUACUUAUUGCAAUGUGCCUUUCUUCUUGUAUUUGUGUUAAAUGUUUUUCUUUUGGGCAGCUUUUUAUUAGAUAGAAAGUUCAUAUCACAUUUCCUAUAUUAAAUUUGGCAGCUAUUUAGUUAUGCCAAUCAACAGAUUUUUGUGAGGACAUAAAAUAUUGAACUUUGUCAGUCACAUUGUCAGUCCAACGAUGGACAGUUUGUGAAUUUCCCAAGUAAAUCACUUUUCUACACAUAACAUAACUAACAAGUGCACAUGUAUUCUUAUUUUAUGAAUCGUGCUACGCAACUAAUUUCCUUUGUGAAGACAUUUUAGUGUGAAGUUCGUAUAUUUAGAAUGGUCUGUCUCUGCAGAAUAUUCUAGAUUUGAAAUUAUAAAUAGCAGUGGCCAAAAUGUUUUAAUUUUAAACAAGUAAUUUGAAAACGAACUGAAUGAUAGCAUAUUUCCUUGACCUUCUUGUAAAAAAAAAAAAAUAGCAUAUUGGCAAUUAACUUAAUUUGUGUGUGUGCAUGUGUGUGUGAGUGUGUGUGUGUGUGUGUUUUCUUAGGAUGCUCAGCUGAGGUCAUUAGCUCCCUUAUUCUUGCAUGACUUGAACUAUACGUUGUUCACUUAGUUCCUCGGGCAGUACACAUUGUAUUAUUACAUAUAUAAUUUUUUAUUUGUGGGACAUCCACAACUGUUUUGCAACAUGUUGAUGAUACUGAGCCUGUCACAGUUGUAAAAUAUUUUGUUGACCAAAGUAUUGCUCAACAGCAGCCCCAUCAUCAGUUGUAUCUGAAAUCUAGCAGUAACAGGACGUCAUGUCCAUCCUAACAAGUUGUAGGCAAACAUCUACCAUAGGUGGACCAUCAAAUAACAUCCCAAAUUGUGGCUUUGAAGACAUCACGAACUAUGUAUGUUUGGAUCAACUGCUGCACUCUCAGGCUUGCAGAGGUAACACAACAACUGAUACUGAGAUACAGUUCACUAAUAUGCAUUAGUGUGCAUGAAAUGAAAUUGCCAAUGUCCUUUGAAAUUGGACUAUUGUGUGUGGCUUACAAACCUCUGUCACAAGGAAUACAAACCCACUUGUUGUAGACUGUGAAAUGCAUUCACCAGUGACAGAAUAAGUAAAAGCAGUUUGGUCAGUAUCAUUGUCAUCAUAUAUGUGGAGUUAAAUGUCACUCCCGAAUAUCACAAAAGAAGUGUAAUCCCAUAAAAUGUAUUUUCCCUGUGCAACUCAUUCUUAUCAUCUUUGAAUACAAGCACAGUCCAAUUUGUAAUGACAACCAAAUAAAGAUAUAAUUUGUAAUGACAACUAAAUAAAGAUAGGAAUAUCUACAUGCAAAUGUCAAACUGACAGAUGUACAUGAAAUCUGUUUGUACAAUAGCUUUUAAACAGAAAUAAAGAGGGAAAUGAAGCUGGAAAUGGGACUGUAGAACCCGACAAAUAGAGGAACACAACAGACACGACAAGAAGUCAACUGUGAAAAGUCAGAAACAUAUCUUUCGAUUCCCCACUUAUUCAGCUCAUUGAACAUGAGUUUUGAGUGGAAUUUUUUCUCUCUCUAUUUGAUUGUUAAGUUAUAAAAUUUGCAAAGAGAUGAGGUUAAUCUUAAGAGUGUGAUUUUUUCUUGGCACUCCAUUGGAGAAGACACUGGUUCUUAGAAAGGAACAUUCUUAUUUUUCCAAGCAAAUUAUUGAUGCAUUAAACACUGCUGUUCUCUAUUCACUCAAAGGUUCAUGCUCUUAUUAGUAUGAAUUAUUUUUUCCCCUCUUGUAAAUUGUGCCCAUGUGGUAAUUAAAGCAAUAAAGCUUCAAAAAAUAUUAUUAUUCAAAGUGUGAGAAACAAGAUAUGAAAGAAAGGUAGGCAUAUGGCUGCUUAAUGUCAUGACAGUCAUUGCUGUAAAAAAAAUGGCACUUUGUGCUUUAAUACACCUCUCCAUUUCCUGUAAAAUUCCAUCCGCUUGUGUUCCCUACCCCUAGAUUUCAAAUUUUCUGUUUGUUGUCCUGCAGAUGGCACAAGUAAAGGGAAGAAAGGAAACAAAAGGCAUAAUUUUUCAUACUCUUUCCUUCCCACUGGUACGCAACUCUUUUAUUGUUUCCGCUAUAGAGUGAAUUAAAAAUAUCUUUUAUGAAACUGGAAAUAUUUUUGCUUUAAUUUUCCCUAUUAUUCUUCUCACUCACUCAUAUAGAGAAAACUUUGAAUAAUAUAUUUCAUUUAAUGCAUGAGUAACUUGUAACAAACAUUCCUAGAAAAUGCUACAGUCACAGGUUCCCAAAUCAAACAUUUUUAGAGUAUUAAUGCCGUAUCAUCACAUAGUUACAUCAGGACUAUCUGAGGGAGAGGAAUGUUUCACUUCUAUAUCAUUUCUCUUGCGGAAAAAUAUAUGUGAUGAAGAUGGCACAAGAAUGUGUGUAACAAUUAGGCUACAGUGGUAUAAUUUCUUGUGAGUUAUCAAUUCAUUCGAAGUGAAAAUCCUUUCUUGUAUAUUUACUGACAGUACUGUGGCUGGAAUGUGAUGUAGGAAGUGUCCUUACCAUUUAGAUUCCACUUGAUGCCAGAAAUUUAAUCAUGUUUUUUUUCUAAUCUACAGCUUAAAUAUGAAAUAUUUCCAGAUCAGAUCGUACUGUUUGUUUAGCAUUAGUUAAAGAGGCAACAGUGUAGUGAUUUCAGUAUCUGUUUAAUGGACGUUGUCACUCAAUUUCAGGAGUACUUUUUAAAUAUUUUUGGUAUUAAUGUAAUUUUGUUAAUUUACAUUAAAGAUUUUAUAUUAGUAUGUAUCCUUUACCAUUUAAAUCUUGUACAUUUUAUAAUACAAUGCAGAUUAGUAUCUGUGCAUAAAAUAAACAGUGUGUUUUGUACUUCAACUUGAUAUCAGUUUGUCUACGUACAUUGAUUAAUAUGAUUGUAUUUUUUUGUAUCUUCUUAUCAGUUUGUUUUAACACAAACUCCUGUGAUCUUACUCCAGGCAGGCUGCCCAUUUUGUAGGAGUAGUAUAUGCAGUUGAUUUUUCUAAGGAAUAAAAAUCACAAACUGCAACUUGUUUUCUAAUAUCUAGUAGCAUUUUGUAGGUACUUGAUCAGCUGUUGCUGUGUGAAAUGUGAUUAUGCAAUGUAAAAUUUUAUUUGACAAUAAGAGUAUGCAUAACACGGUCCAAUUUACAACAAACACUGCACAAUAACAAAUAAAAUGGUUUCUUUUAAUGAGUUUACUGUUGUUGUAUGGAGUCUUGCAAGUGAGCAUCCUGAUUUAUGUAAAUUUCGUGUAAAUAGUUACUAGAAGUAACAUGUAAAUAUGUAGCUGAAUAAUUUUAUCAAUGUUAUACAGAUCUCAGUAUUGAAAGUUUGUUGAAAAUAAAUGUUACUACUGAAUGUUCAUCUUACACUGUAAGAAGAUAGUUGUGUGCUAUAUUCAUCUACAGUGAAGACAUAAAGGAAAUGAGGCAGUAGAUUCAUCCUGUAUGUAAAUGGAAGAUUUGAAGAAAAGUGGAAGAAUUGACGAAAAGACCAGUAUGAGGACUGGACUAGAAUGUAUAUACACAAAACCAUAAAUUUGAUGUAAAUAUAAUAUAUAUGCAAUAGUUUCAUAAAA